AUGACCAUCAUCUCUCUGCUCCUGCUGGCCACUCUGCUGCCAGACCUGACCUUCACUGCCCAUGUGAAUGUGGGUAUAAUGAAUGGCAAGGAAGCAAAACCCCACUCCAGACCUUACAUGGUUUCUCUAAAGAGGAACAGGCAACAUGUCUGCGGUGGAUUCCUAAUUUCUGAUGAAUUUGUCUUGACUGCCGCACAUUGUUUGAAAACAAAUAAGAUUAUGACAGCUGUGGUUGGUGCACAUAACCUAAAAAAUAAGACAGAGGGAUCUGUCUGCAUCCGAGUGAAGUCCUACCACAAGCAUCCAGACUAUACUGAUGGCUCUUUUCUGAAUGACAUUAUGCUUUUAAGGCUGGAGAAAAAAGUCACACAAAGCAAGAAUGUCAAGUGGAUAUCCAUACCAAAGACUAAAGGGGACAUUAAAGCAGAUUCUGUUUGCAGUGUCGCAGGCUGGGGAAGUCUGAGCACUUAUGGCCAACAGAGCAAAGUUCUCAUGGAGACACACGUGAAGAUCAUGAACAACACAGAAUGUGAAAAUAAAUGGGGGCAGAAGUAUUUCUCUGGUUCCAAGAUGAUAUGUGUGUAUGGCCAUGGAGGAAGCUGUACUGGGGAUUCAGGAGGUCCUUUGAUUUGUGGGAACAAGUUUACACUAAGAUUUCAGCUUUUCUUCCAUGGAUCUGCUCCAUAA